CACGUGUUUUUAAUCAACUAAUUAAUUGACUGUUUGUUUUCUAGUAAUUGUUGAUGUGUUCUGUCGACCUGGCCUGGCGUACGUCCGUCCGUCAAAAAUUUUUAUUGAACUUUCCAGGUUUUCACCGGGAACUAUCAAUCUCGUGAAGGAAAAUUGAUGGAAAAAUUUGUCCUGAGGUUCAUUAAAUGUUGAGAGAAAUCGCAGCAUUAAUUUCUCUCUUUGUCGCUAGCAGCUCCACCGGAAUUCAGUUUUAUUAAUUUUUGCCUUAAAUCGAGUUCAAUGCAAUUUUCGGGAAAUAAAAAAUUCGGAAAAUUUUUGAGUGCAAUGUGAGGAAUCUUGUCUAUUGGUGUGACAAUUAGAGAGAGGGAUAUUUUCGUGUUUUCGAGAGGAAAGUGAAAAUUCGAGGAUUUCAUACACCACUGAGUCGUAGUGACAAAGUGCGGAUAAAUUUCCCGUCGGCCUUUGAUCGGAGACUUCUAUCAUCAAAACCUGUGACAGAAAUAAAAAUAUAAAGUGGGGAUUAGAGAGAUGAUUUUGAUGGUGAGCAUUUACGAAUGAGAUACUACCUGGAGUGACGCAAACGGAAAGUACAUCGAUGUAUCUUGUAAUGGAAGCAAGGCCAUUGCGAAGGGGAAAAUAAAACGAUUUGGUUUUCAUCAGUGGAAAUAAACAAAACAUUCCAGGGGGAUAAAUCGGUGUCGAUCAAGAAUUUGGAUGAGUGCCCAGAGUGAUUGCGCAACGGGUUACAGUGCGUUCAUGUGUAGUGAAUUUGAAAGAGGAAGGAAGUGUUUAUUAAAAUCUACGGUGUCCAUCUAAUUUGCCGGGUGUAACGACUCGAACAUUCACGUGUCAGGAACGAAAACUAUGCAGUACGAUGAAGGGGCCAAGAAUCGGUGGCCUACCGAGUGCUACAGAAUUGGACCUCAGCCAGAUGACGUCACGAAUUUAUAUUGUCAUCGUAGCAUUCUUCGUUAUUCAUCCAAACACUUCGAUAUCUGCCCCUCUGGAGGAUCCACUUGUGUGGCGGGAACGAGCUCAGGAUGUCCAGGAGGGCCACGACAUCGGCGAUCUUCCGGUUUUCGAGCAAACAGCGAUAAACGUCACCGCAUUCGUUGGACAAACGGUUUAUCUGCCCUGUCGUGUGAGAAACCUGGGUGAUAAAGUGGUGUCUUGGAUGAGGAGCAGAGAUCUCCAUAUUCUUACGUCAAGCGAAUUCACGUUCAGCUCAGACUCCAGAUUCACACCUGAACAUGUGCCUGAGAGCGAUGCCUGGACUCUGAGACUUGAGGACGCCAAAAAAACGGAUUCAGGAAGUUACGAGUGUCAAGUCAAUACCGAACCCAAAAUUAUGUAUAAAAUUGGACUGACGGUGAGAGAUUCUGAUAAGCCAGAGGGAGAUGACGUCCCGUACUCCCAGCAGACGCGCAUAAGCUACGAGAGUACCGCCCCAGUGGCAGUAAUAAUGGGUCCAAGAGAGCAGCAUGUGCCAUCAGGCUCGACGAUCACCCUUAGGUGUGUCAUAACGUCGCCAUAUCAGACCCGUCCCAUCAGGGGUGUGCAAUGGCUUCGGGACAACAAACUCCUGACAUUCCAGGCGGGACGAGGUGGUAUUAUCAUUGAGACAGAGAGGGAUGCUGGUCGCACUGUGUCUGAAGCAACAUUGGCAGCUGUGACGAAAAACGACGUAGGAAAAUACACUUGUCGACCUACCGAGGGACGUGCUGACACUGUUCUUCUCCUUGUAGAGCAAGGCGAAUACACAGAAGCUAUGCAGCGAGAUGCGGAGUACGUUUCAUCAGGGUCUGAAUUGAAUAAACAGCAUAUUAUAUUGCUUCCGCUCCUGGGGAUUCUGAUAUUGCGGAAAUUCGGGGAGUAUCUAGUGCCAGUAUUUUUCCGUGUUUGAGGGAGUGGAUAACCCUGAAGAUAUGAACUUGUGGAAGAGGUUGGAUGGAGAAGUGAUCGGAUGUAUUUGCUCUAAUCUCAUCAGAAUUAGCGCAGAGCUGAGAGCAAUAGUUAAUGAACAUUUUGCGUGGUAAGCAUAAAAAGAAAAACGUAAGGGAGAACUUUAUUUCUUGUUCUAAUCUAAGUUUUUGUGUUCGUCAUUUAAUAAAUGGUCGAUAUGGGACUGUGGGUUUUGGAAGUAAUGGAAGAAGUCGAUGAAAUGUACAAAUUUGGUAAUUCCUCGAGUGCUGAUGAAGAUGAUUAAAGUGUCUCAAAGAA